GAUAGCAGGGGAAGUACGCGUGAAGCCGGCGGAGCGCUCGGCCGGCUGUGUACAGAGUGUGGUGGUGCUGUUGUGUUUUGGUGGCUGAUGAUUAAGUGACUUGGAAUCAUGGUGCUGACUACCGGAUCGAGUAGAGCUCAGCCCCCGGGGCCAGUGUCGGCGGGUUGGUUCGCGUCACUCCGGAGGAAUCGUAAACAGCACAGGACCGCUUCGGUCUCAUCGUCGUCUUCUGCUACCUCAGCGCAUGGGAGGCUGCUUGCUCGGUCAGCGUGGGACCUAUCAGCGUCGUGCUUGCAACUGAAGGAUGCCUUGGGUGAGGUUGUUGCAGAGAUGGAAAACAUGGAUACUGCUGAUGAGAGUAAAAACAACACUAAAGCAAAGCAGAUGUCCAUUGGUCGCAAAAAGUUUAAUAUGGAUCCUAAAAAGGGCAUUGAGUACCUGAUUGAACAUGGCUUGCUUCGAAGCACACCAGAAGAUGUUGCCCAAUUUUUGUAUAAAGGUGAAGGUUUAAAUAAGACAGCAAUUGGAGAUUACUUAGGUGAACGUGCAGAUUUCAAUGAACAAGUGCUGAGGGCCUUCGUGGAACUACAUGACUUCACUGACUUAAUACUGGUCCAGGCACUCAGGCAAUUUUUGUGGAGCUUCAGGUUGCCAGGAGAAGCUCAGAAAAUAGAUCGGAUGAUGGAAUGUUUUGCACAGCGAUAUUGUCAACUGAAUCCUAACAUUUUCACAAAUACAGAUACGUGCUAUGUAUUGUCAUUUGCCAUUAUUAUGCUCAAUACUAGUUUACAUAAUCCAAGUGUGAAGGAAAAACCUACAGUUGAACAGUUCAUAUCCAUGAAUAGAGGCAUAAACAAUGGUGGUGAUCUGCCUCAGGAAUUGCUCAUGAGCCUUUAUGAGAGUAUAAAGACUGAACCAUUCAAAAUCCCAGAGGAUGAUGGGAAUGACUUGAUGCACACCUUUUUCAAUCCAGAUAAAGAAGGUUGGCUGUGGAAGCAAGGUGGCCGAUACAAAAGCUGGAAGCGACGUUGGUUCAUACUAAAUGACAACUGUCUGUACUAUUUUGAGUACACAACUGACAAAGAACCUCGUGGUAUUAUUCCUCUUGAAAAUAUUCAAGUUCGUGAAGUGACAGAUCGCCAUAAGCAUCAUUGUUUUGAACUGUAUGCUAGUGGUUCUGAUUUCAUCAAGGCAUGUAAGACAGACAGUGAAGGAAAAGUUGUUGAAGGCAAACACACUGUAUAUAGAAUGUCAGCUGCCACACCUGAGGAGAAGGACGAGUGGAUCAAAUGUGUAAGGAGAGCCACACUGACUUUUCAUCCUUGGGAGAAGCAGCUGUCUCAGCCAAACCAAGAGCUGUCAUUGGAACCUCGUGUUACGGCCGCAAAGCUUAUCAAGCACCAAUGGAAGGCCAUGAAGCAAAGCAUCAGCCAUAAUCCGUUCUACGAUAUGUUGGCAGCUCGCAAGAAGAAAGCGCAGAAGACAAGUGCUCACCACCACUUGAAGAGCUAAGACAUUUAUAGUGUAACAUAUAUUAUGGUAUUACUCUCGAGCUGUCGCAGCUCCAAGUGUGUUACAGCACUGCACCAUACUGGUGCAAGCUGUACAUUAUGUAUAGGGCUUGUACUGGAGGUGCAGUUUGAAACAUAGCAUACAACCAAAGAAAUGUGAUUUAAAGUGCACUUGACUGUUGUAUCUUCUGAGCAGCUCUAUCCUAAUUUCUUUUGCUUUUUCUCUCCUUAAUAAUCCAUCUAGGAUUUUCACCCAAGGAAAUGGCAGCCUUGAACUAAUGUUCAAAAAGAGUGGUAAUGUUAAAUACUGAACGUACUGUUUAAAUAUGUUUUCCCAAAAAAUGGUCAAAGCAUGACUGAAUGAUAAAUUGUAUUUUUUAUAUAGUUGUUAAAGCUUCAACUGUUCAAACAUUGCAGCAGCUUAAGAUAGAAAACUGGAAGGGUGAUAGAAAUAAACAAUGCAGUGAAUGUGCUAUACCAGUCAUUGUUUGUAAUAUCUGAAAAUUUGAUUUGAGAGCUCUGAAAUGCUGGACAAUAUUACAAAAACAUUUUAUGGCACUGGAAGUACUAAUGGUCAAAGUGGCUGGUGCUAAGAAUCUCAGCAGAAGGAAGACUCGUGCAUUCGACAUACUCAAAUAAGUUUGUAUUUUGUCCUGUGCUGCAUGAAAGUGUGAUAUAUAUGUAUUAUGUGCUUUCCAUAUCUUGAAUGGUUCCAACUGAAAUUUCUCUCAGUAAACCAAAGAAACUGUCAUCUGACCAAUAUUUGAGACAGUGAAAGCUGGAAGUAUUUUAUAGAAUGGGAGAACUUCAGUUAUUUUUGCAUCAGUCUCUCUUCGUAAAUGUGAUUUUUUUAUAAAAGUGUUUGUAAAUGUUAUUGCUACUUCAUUUCGUGUUAGUAUAGACAGUUUCAAAUGGUAUGUAAUUUAUAAUGUUCACUCAUCUCAUUGUAAUUCACCAUUUUUAUAAAAAAAGUUAGAUUUUUAUACUAGAAGUGUGCUGGGAUGUUGUAACCAGGAUGGAGUAAAGUGUAUGGAAAUAACGAAGUAUUAAUAUUGCAGUGUGUGUGACUUUAUUUUUGUACAUUAUGUUUAUUUCUUUGAUAUAUUUAUGAUACAGUUGCUUUUGUCAGUUCCCUCAUGUUGACCAGAAUUAUUUUUAUUUGUAAUAUAUUGUGUAUAUGUAUUUAAGGAUUUGUACAAGUAGUUAAUGCAGUCAUGUUCAUUAUUUAUCUGUUAAAAUAAUAAAGUUUGACCUGAUUUGACUGGAAAUUAUGUAAAUACAUUUUCACAGCCACUGUGAAAUUCUGUU